ACACGGAGAACCGGAGAGCAUCUCCACUCACAUGUUUUUCUGUUUGAAGUUUUAUCAUCGGAGGAGCAAGUGUUUGUUUUUCAUAUACCUAAAAUGAAACGAGCACCAUUUCGCACGAGACGUUGGUAAAUUCGAGAAUGGAUUAAUCAAAAUAAUACAUAUGUGUCUAUAACAUUACUGCACAAGUAUUAUGUCGAUCUGUUGCUCUCAUAUGUAGGGGCGAUGGAUUGUAUUGUAGUUGCCAGAAUUAAAUAAGCCUUUGCCAAGGGAGAAAAAAAAAAGAUAUAUAUUUUGGGAAAUGGGCAGCAAUGCAAUGGAUGCUAAAAAGAAAGAUGAGAAGAAAAAUUCAAGAAAAAAGAGAACGCUUCGGAUAAACAUGCCCGACUUGAGCUCAUUCGCAAUGCCGUUCCUGGAAGGAGAUGCGGAACACUCGAACAAGGACUGCAUACGCAAGGGAGAGCUUAACUGCUGCUCAGCCAGCCCAACCAAACAUUUCUUCAGCCGGGGUCCAUUUAGUCGGCCCUCUAGCCCCAUGUCCGCUCCUGCCCAUUCCAGAAACAGCCCUGGAUCUCCCAAAUCCAUCUUCCCCUACCCCUCCAAUCACGACUCCUCGCCAAAGAGUUCACGCCGCCGCAGUUUCACUGGAAUCUUCCGCUCAUCCUCCAAAGACUCCACAAAUCCCUCCACCUCUCCUGUCAGCAUCAAACUAUUCUCUCGUGCUAAAAAAGCCUCUGGGAUUAGCUCAUCACCAACUACUCCAACACAACUGACCAAGCAGACUCCAGCAUUUCUUCUAGAAGUCGGUCAAAAUGACACUGUGCAUCGUUCCUCCUCCUCCACCCUUGACACUGAACAGCACCACAGACUAUCUACUGCCAAACCACCUCCCAGUCCCUGCUCAGCACCUAUAUCUACCUCACGUGCGGUUCACGGCUUAUCUGAAGACAUGCUGGAGAAACUCGAUCUCGAAGAUGAAGCUGUCGAACAAUCAGAGAGUGACAUUUACAUGCGGUUUAUGAAGUCACAUAAGUGCUAUGACAUUGUCCCUACCAGCUCCAAGCUUGUGGUCUUUGACACAACACUGCAGGUUAAAAAGGCCUUUUUUGCCCUGGUAGCCAAUGGGGUUCGAGCCGCCCCUCUGUGGGAGACCAAGAAACAGAGUUUUGUGGGCAUGCUAACCAUCACAGACUUCAUCAACAUACUUCACAGAUACUACAAAUCACCCAUGGUACAAAUUUAUGAGCUUGAGGAGCAUAAAAUUGAAACUUGGAGAGAGCUUUAUCUACAAGAAACAUUUAAGCCUUUAGUGAACAUAUCUCCAGAUGCAAGCAUAUUUGAUGCUGUGUAUUCACUGAUCAAAAACAAGAUCCACAGGUUGCCAGUCAUCGACCCCGUUAGUGGAAAUGCACUUUAUAUUUUGACGCACAAGAGGAUCCUGAAAUUCCUUCAGCUGUUUGUGUGCGAGAUGCCAAAGCCUGCCUUUAUGAAGCAGACACUGGAGGAGCUGAGCAUUGGGACCUACAGCAACAUCGCCUUCAUUCACCCUGAUACACCUAUCAUCACAGCACUAAGCAUCUUUGUGAAAAGGCGGGUGUCAGCGCUGCCCGUGGUGGACGAGUCGGGAAAAGUUGUAGAUAUUUAUUCCAAAUUUGAUGUCAUUAAUCUUGCUGCUGAAAAGACAUACAAUAACCUGGACGCUAGCGUGACACAGGCAUUGAUGCACAGGUCACAGUACUUUGAAGGAGUCAUGAAGUGUAACAGAUUUGAGGCACUGGAGACAAUAUUAGAUCGGAUAGUCAAGGCUGAGGUGCACAGGCUGGUGGUGGUGGAUGAGAACGGCAGCAUUGUGGGCAUCGUUUCCCUGUCGGACAUCCUCAAGGCAAUUGUUCUCAACCCUGCAGGUAUGACCAGAAAGGACAACAAAGCAGAGACUGAGUGACAUGAGUAGAGAUUGUUAGGUCAUGUGACAUUGCUUUUGGAGACUGGAGAAGGGCUGAAUAGAGACGCUGAAGUCUUUGGAGAAGAAUGGACCACGUCAAAAGAUGAAGGAAUGAAACCAAGGACCAUGGGCCUGUGCUAUAAGUGUGCUGUUGAAGGGCAAGAGGUUUCUUGGGUGGACUGACCAGUUGAUGAGUCUAUUAUCUGAUAAAUGGAUGGAUGUAGUGGCCAUAAAGGGCAGUCUGGUGGAUUAUCUCUUAUACAGAAGGCUACUGUGAACUCUGAAUAUUAUAUCACACUAAAGCUUCUGCAGAUACCCUAUGAUAAACUAUACUUUUAGCUAGACCUAAAACUGCGCUAUCUGGUGUUUGAACAGUGGUCUGCAGAUAGACGAUGGGCUGUACCAUAUUUGCCUCUUUAGGGAGGGUGGUUGUGCAUUGCUGGGCAUUCAGUAAUAAUUUCAGAAUUCAAGUGCAUGUAUAGACUGUUUUUCCCCUCAUGUAUAUAGAACUUUCAGACUAGGCUUAUGUGCCCAGCUCACAUAAUUGUAUUUUUGUCUACUCCUGAAUUUAGGGUCUGCUCAUUAUCUGCUUUAGUACAAAUAUCCCCCCAACCAGACACAAGUGGUUUUCUCUCUAUCUUUUUAUGGUGCCUUCUGUCCACCUGUUUUCGCCCACUACUGGUUUCCAAUCGAACAAGAAUAAAUGAAUGUUAAAAUAUAUCAAAACGAAUGUUGUUUAAAACCAAAAAAAUAUCUAAAUAAUUAUUUAACUAAUUCUAUUUAUUACAGAGCUCUAAUUUUCUUCACUUGGCUAAAAUGGUUAGGUCUUGAUGCUUCUGAAAUUAUGCUGUAAAAGACCAUUUUUAAUAUGUUUUUAUUAUUUAUAUUUAACAAUUUUUGAAAGUGUGAGAUGGAAAUAAUUUUAAGCCCCUAUGCAGUAAAACCGUGUUGAUCAAUGACUUGAUGUUCAAUGAAUUCAACCUUAAAAUCCCACAUUGUUUUUGUCCAUGAGGCAACAGAACUCAAUUGUGACUAUCAAUUGUACUGUCCAAGCACGCUGAGCUUCUAUUCGAGAAGACUAUAAGUGCCAGAGAAAGGUCUAUUUUUCUGUGUAUUCAGUCAGUGUUUGUAAUAUUUCACAUUUUGUUUUGGUUCUCAUCAUUUUGCCGAUAUGUUAUUGAUACUGUCAUCAUGAGACAGUGAUGUCCAUAGAUAAAUGCACAUCAGGCUUUAGAUUCCUUUUUUUAUUUUACAGUUAAAUAAAAGAGAAUAAAUCAA